AUACAGGCGUCGGUAGACGAACCCUUAGUCCGGUAUGGAAUGCAGAUUUCCGAUUUGAACUUGGUGACGAGGAGCUGCAGGAUGAAUCGUUGGAGAUCAAGGUGUAUGAUUAUGACACAAUCAGUGCCAAUGAUGCGAUCGGCAAAGUGUAUGUGUCUCUCAAUCCUCUGUUGACAUGGGAUCCGCCCAGUCAGCUUUCCGGUUGGUAUCCUAUUUACGACACAAUUCGCGGCAUCAGAGGCGAGGUUAGUAUCGUUAUCAAAUUGGAUCUGUUUAACAAUACUAAUCAAUUCCGGGACACGUCUGUUGGUGUGCAGAUCUUUUCUCUGAGUGUACUGCCGGAGUGUUACAAAACUUUGGCGAUUCAUGGGUUUGUAGAAGAGCUGGUGGUGGAUAAUGAUCCUGAGUACCACUGGGCGGACUCCUUCCGCACAUCACGAUCAUCUAACGAAGCCCGGCAGCGACAGUUCAUGAAGCUUAGCAAUGAGUUACAGCGUAAAGUGGGGUUGAAAGUCCUUGAACUCGGUGGAAAUGCCGUCGUAGGGUAUCAGCAGAGCUUUGACAUCGAGCAAGAAUAUGGCUUAGUUGUACGAGGGAUAGGGACAGCAGUCACGCUGGCGCAGCCUCUGUCUCAGGCGGUCACCGGAGCGCAAGUUCGUCACAGUACUGCCAGCUUUGACGGCAGCCUAAGUCCACCUACUAAUCUGAAGCGAAGAGGUACAAAUGAUGGCUCAGAUCCGGUAAUAGGGACAACAUUCUCGGGUAUACUUGGUGUAAAGUCUCAGAGCAUGAACAGGAAACUGAAGUCCAAGAGGUCUACGUCAAGUGAAUUGAGCGAUUCGGACAAUACGGAGGAGAUGAAUACAAAGUUGUCGAACACCUCGAAAAACAGAGGAAUUGUAGAAAAUAGCGCGGUUAAGGAGUUGCGGUCGCACGACGCCCUUGUUGAAAGUGCCUCUUUUGAAGAAACUGCAAACUUAACGGGCGCCGCCGUUCCGGGGACAGAACAUGGUGAGCACCAAGCGCACCGAUUACGACCCGAAGAGCCCGCAGCACGGUCCAGUACAGUAGAGGGCGGGUCUGACGCAGUUUCGAAGUCGGGCAUCUCUGAUGCUGUGGUUCCUCACUCUGAGAAAAGCUCGGCAGCGCUCCAACCAACAGUCAAAGUAUUCACCGGCGGAGAUAUCGUCAGAGGCCAGCCGAAGGGUCAGACUGCUGUAUACCUCAUACCUCGUAAAAUUCACGUCCAACUUCAGGAUGUCAUUCUGCUUACGCUCAUAUCUCUGCCAAGUGCUGUCAACAUUCGCAUGGGUGGGGUAGUCAGUGCUCGAUCCGUCAAGCUCCUCGACACCAUCAAGCAGCGAGACGGGUCGGAAACGAGGGACAGUUGGUGGAUGGAGGUCCGUGAGGAGAUCAAGUCACACGCCACAUCCAUGGGGUGCAACGUAGUUCUGGCCUAUAGAGAAGUUUCGUCGAUACACGACGAAUUGUUUAUUCUGUCGGCAUCGGGUACGGCAUGUGUGAUGGACUCGGACAUUCUCACCAAUUUUGCUUUAGUGGACACGGACGGCGCACAGGUGCCCAUGAGGCAAUCUGAGAAGGACAAAGAAAAAGAUAAGGGCAAAGCGGGCGCAGAGUCCCCAAAACACGUCCCAGAGCUAUCGCUCGAUGAAACCCAUGUGACGAACCAGGGCACACCACAAGUACGACCACAAAGCAACACGCCGACCCAGAACCCAGUCACACCCAAACCACUCAAACGGCGCGCAAUCAAAUCGUGUCAAUUCCUGCACAUCCCUUAUCGGCGGCGUGAAUUGCCGUUCCCACUACAGCUGUUUCGCUGCAAUAUUUGUGGAAAGAGGUCCGUGCCAGAGUUUCUCGUAUGCACAAGUGAAAUGCCUCCCGAAGCCGAUGUCCUUGGCACAGGAGACCUCAUAGAGGCGCGGGUAUGCCGAGUCAAGAAGAAAGAGAAGCCCGAGUACACAGCCGUGGCAAUCAGUGAGGCACUGCCCUUCCUGGAGUACGAUCUGCAUACGCAGCUGCUCAACAAGUUAAAGGUCAAAGGGAUGAAUGCCAUAUUCGGCCUGCGAAUGGAACUGAGUGUGGGCGAUGGUUUGAUCAUCGCUAUGGCCGCUGGCACUGCGGUGUACUUGCAAGCUCUCCCCGCCCCACCUGCAAUCCAAAUUGAGCGAACGCUCGAGAUUAUUGACGAUGAAGAUAAGAAACUCAACCACAUCGCAAAACAAAUCAUGCUGGUGAGUGAGAUGAAUCGAGAGAACCUGCGGAAGGCUAGUGCUGCCCCAGCUUCUUUCGUCGAGGGGACUGAGUCUCGCCAAGCUACUUACACGCCAAAAGUUGAAGAUAUAGCGGAACUGAGCACGACUAGAACCAACAUGAACGAGAACGCUGGUGUCGACAGAUAUGAAGUAGGCAGACGAACAGCAUCCGCCCGCGAGUCAUUCGUCCUCGGUGGAGAAGCACGGAGAGGGCAUGAAUCAAGUAUCAAAAGCGAGUUCGCGAGUGAAGAAACGCUGGUGCACCCACUGCAAUUGUUGAAUUCGCCCAACAGAGCCAAUGGCCCAGAUGUGGGAGACAUUGCCACGCCACCCACUGGUCGGCAUCUGAGCGCACCGGUGACUACGGCACACAGGCAACCUGUCCGGUCGACCACUGUAUCGCUGCCCACGAAAGAGGGCUCCGGGGCUGAUACCAACAGCAAAGGCAAGGCCAAGGCAAUUGCCGAAUCUGACAAGGAAUGGGCCAUGCACGAGGCAAUCAAUGACGCGGCAGAGGAGCUAGACACGAGAACGGCUAACGGCAGCACAUUGUACAAUGAUGAUGUCAUUGAUACAUCUAGCAGCUCGUCGAGUAGCGACAACACCACCAGCGACGAAGAUGAGGAUGGGGCACCUACCGUGACUGGGACGGUUAGGGGCUUGACGGUUGUGGAGGUGGAUGACGAAACCGAUGAGGACAGCAUGGGUGUGCUUCUGGAGCCACCCAUGCCUCACGACAUCUGGAUGUGUACUACGCAGGAAGUGCCCGGAUUCCUAAAAGAUUUCGAGACCUUUAGUCUGAAUAGCGUCACUGCGUUGCGACGGCUCGUGCUGGACUCCCAGAGCGAGAAGCAUCUAAACAUGCGCCUGGCCUCUAUCUGCAAUUCACUGCUGCACGGUGUAUGCUUUAAGCUACGGCACAUGACCCCUUGCUGUAUGGCGAAACUGAGCUAUGACGUGCGGAUUAGCGAAGAAGUCGACGAUGCAGUGCAGGUAUGUCUGUCCGCCGCUGUGCUGGGUAUGCGGCCCAUUAAGUCACCGGCGCAGGGUGUGGAGGACGACAACACGUCCAAGAUAUCAGUCAACCGCAGCGACAGCUAUCAUACGAAACACUCAGUGACGAACACGCCGCAGACCAAUAUAUCAUUAAAUGACGCAUUCUCGAGCGUCAUGCCAGCUCUAGACCAGCGCCAAGUGGACAAUUUUGUUGAGAUAUCAGGUCUCAAUCAUAUUCCAGGCACGUCCAUAGUACGCUACAGUGGACGGCUGAAUGUCGUGUUCAUCAAAGAGUCUACGUCGAUACGAGAGGAUAAUGGAAUCAGUGCAUUCGUGCACAAGUUUAUCGCCGAGGCACAUGGUUGUGUGCGUGCGUAUGUCAGGGCCAUGGGAGGGAAUGCGCUACUGGCUUGUCAACAGACAGAGUUGAAUAUCACUGACUCACCACACAAGGAUAAAGGAUACGUGCUGAUGACGAUAAGUGGAGACAUAUUCCAGGUUGAGCACGAUGCAAAUGUGCCCCAUCCGUAUGAGUGCGGCAUUACCGUGGUAUAGAUGCACAUCUAGUAAAGCCGCUACGAAUAUAUAGUUGCCUAAUAUUUGUGCCAUACACAAAAUGCUGAACUAUGAACAGUUGGUAAAACGUAUCUCUCACAACGGCCGCACCCUCUGGGUUGUAAUUACAAUUAUGCUGUGGAGGGAUCGAUGCAUAUCCCGAUACCUAUUCUUUCCAGUAUUGUAUUGUGGUGCCAUCGAUAAACCGAAACAGAGCAAAGCAAUGAUCCGCGGGGAGGUGUCUGGCUAUCACCCGAGCUCAGAUUGCGCUUUCCGGUUGCAGUUGCCAUGCUUCAAACUCGGUGACACUCAGUGGUUUAGGUAGACGCUCGUGGACGCUGCCGACCACCGUUGAACUAACGUCGCAAGCCCCUUGGGAUAUUCUCCCUUGACUUGUGUGCGGUCUGUUCGGACCUGACUGGCACUUCAUAGAUUUGCGCAUGACCGGCGUAGUCGUCGUAGAUCAUGGGAUUUCAAUCUAAGAGUGUCCUUGUGCGAGUGCGCUUAUAAACGCAGUGUGGUGGCGGCGAGAGCAGGCUCUCUGUACCGCCUAUUGCGUCUCGCUCACCACACCAUCUGUCGCCAGACGCGCAGUUGCACCACUACUUAAACCCCACAAUCCACCUGGAACUCGCUGUUCAGCAAACGUUCACCAGCUAAUGCUCGCUAAUUCUAUCAAUGGGAAUGGGACCAUGAUCAUGGACGAACAACAUUAUCUGUGCCUGUUAUAAAUUGCACAAAUGAUGAAACGCUGCUGAACUCAACACGUUGUCGGUGAGCGGCGCAGCGGUGGUGCAGUGUCGAUGGCAAGAUGCUUUUCGGACACUCUGUAGAGGCCUACAAGAGUACCCAGUCAGGCAUCGAAAUUUUGCCCUGCAAAGGUUCCGUGGAAGAUAUCACAAAGAAAUUAUACCACGAUUUGAUUCGCAUGAGGCCGUUGAGGUGCCAUCAUAUCAGCCAGUUGGAGCUGACCUAUGAAUCGGGACAUGAUUCUAGAUGCUUUGCAAAUAGCACAAGGACUUAAAGAGGUUGCAGUCUGCCCCGAUUGCUUUCGUUUGGGAUCGAAGGGUGUGUACCGGUCAGUUGCUGUGCAAGACUGAAGAGAAUACCCAACCUGCAAUUCCGUCAAUAUGCGAACAUGUUGAUUUAUGCCGCAGAAGUGCAAAAACUAUGGAGGCCCGAAGAUUAUUGCCACCGAUUUAAGCAUCGAGAAGCGCCUCAUAGAUCAAAUCUUCUCCUUGUAUUUAAGGAAUCUUCCAAAAUAAAUAUGGUUGUUAC